AUGACGAGCGAGGAGUGUCCUGUGGUCGCGGCGGUCCCGGGGGGGCGGGUGGAUGACUGCUACUCGGCGCACAGUGAUGACAUCACAGAAGAGGCGUGCCCGGCGGAGGACGGAGACGACGUGAGUCUGGGCAGCGACCUGAGCGCUCUGGUGCUGCCGUACCCCGAGCUGGCUCCUGUGGUCUUCUUCUGCCUCAAACAGACCACCUGCCCCCGCAACUGGUGCAUCCGCAUGGUGUCCAGCCCAUAUCCUUCAGAGCGCCGCAGAGAGCCAAUCAGAGCGCAGCAGAGAGCCAAUCAGAACGCACCCACUCCAUCUGCAUCUCAACACCAAACUCUAACACAACUUCACUGA